UCUUGGCUGAUCGGAGAAGGAUAGAGGCGGGGGAGUAGGGGGGCAACCUCUUUACUUCGCCCAAGGAGGAGAGAAAGAGGGGACGAAGAAGGGGGAUGGGUAGUUAGGAGAAAAAUACGUGACAAAGAAAACAUUCUCUGUCUGGGAGGAGACUCACAGAGGGUGUAGAGCCGGAGGGAGCAUUCACUGGCCAUGCCAGUACUUAACACUGAUGCUGAGUCAGAAACAGGUAUCCCAAAAUCCCUUUCCAAUGAGCCUCCCUCAGACACCAUGGAGGAAAUAGAGCACACAUGCCCACAGCCUCGACUGACCCUGACUGCACCUGCCCCAUUUGCAGAUGAAAGCAGCUGCCAGUGCCAAGCACCCCAUGAGAAACUGACCAUUGCUCAGGCCCGCUUGGGAACACCAGUUGACAGGCCAGUCAGAGUCUAUGCUGAUGGGAUCUUUGACCUGUUCCACUCAGGUCAUGCAAGGGCUCUUAUGCAAGCAAAGACGCUGUUUCCCAACAGCUACUUGUUGGUAGGAGUUUGCAGUGAUGACCUCACCCACAAAUUCAAAGGUUUCACUGUGAUGAAUGAAGCAGAGCGAUACGAAGCUCUCAGACACUGUCGCUAUGUUGAUGAAGUCAUCAGGGAUGCUCCGUGGACACUGACGCCAGAGUUUCUGGAAAAACACAAGAUCGACUUCGUGGCUCACGAUGACAUCCCUUAUUCUUCAGCUGGCUCUGAUGAUGUGUACAAGCAUAUAAAGGAAGCAGGGAUGUUCGUUCCAACUCAAAGAACAGAAGGCAUUUCAACAUCUGAUAUCAUUACCAGAAUUGUCCGUGACUAUGAUGUUUAUGCGCGGCGUAACCUCCAGAGAGGGUACACAGCCAAGGAGCUGAAUGUCAGCUUCAUAAACGAGAAGAAGUAUCGCUUCCAAAACCAGGUGGACAAGAUGAAGGAAAAGGUCAAGAAUGUGGAGGAAAGAUCAAAGGAAUUUGUUAACAGAGUGGAAGAAAAGAGUCACGAUCUAAUUCAAAAAUGGGAAGAAAAGUCGCGGGAAUUCAUCGGCAACUUUCUAGAACUCUUUGGACCCGAUGGAGCUUGGACUCAUCGAGAAAGACUUAAUAUCAGAAAUCAAAGAGAAUGUUACAACUGAGAUCACAAAAAUACUGAGUUUUAUAUAAAGAACUACUCCGGAACAGUCACAACUUCAUUUGGUAACCAGUAAUUACCUGCUGGCAAGAUUGUGAGAGACACUGAGACGCUGCGCUUUGCCGUGGUCACUUGGAAAACAGUUACAGAGAUGCCUCCAAAUUAGAACUACCGCAAGAUCCAGUAAUUCCACUUCUGGGGAUUUCUCUGAAGGAAAAGGAAAACAACCUAGACAAAGAUAGGUACCUCAUACUCAUUGCAGUAUUUACAAUAGCCAACAAAUUCCGUGUGCACUGACGGAGAAAGGAAAUAUGGCUUCUACAUAGAAUAGAUUGUUAGUGGUCAUAUAGAAAUGCCAUUUGUCAGAGCCGGGUGAAUCUUGGAGGCAUUGUGUAAGUGAAACAAGUCAGAAAGACAAAUACUGUAAGGAGCUCAUCUAUGUGUGCAGACUUUAAAAAAGGAGCUCAUAGAUUUGGGUUACUGUUGUCAGAGGCAUGCAGGUGGGGAAAGUGGCUGCAGGCAGACAGGCUGUACCAAAUUUUGCCUAUUAUUCUUUGGUCUUUACUAGACGGCAUGGUGACUGCAAUUAAUACUGUAUUGCCUUUUUCAAAGGUGCCGACGGUGUCGGUGUCUGAUAAGUUCUCAACACAAGGGAAAAAAUUUGUGUGUAUGGUCACGAAUGCCAAGACAGCAUAGUGAUCAUUUCACUAUGUACAGAUGUCAUACCAUGUUACUCACCUUAAACUAAUCCAAACUUUUGUCCUUUAAACCCCCAAAACAUGUGACCAUUCCACGGGUGAUUUGCUGAUGGGAAGCUCAGGGGGAUU